AUGGAAAAUAUUUUUCCUCAUGAUCCUGUUGAACGUCGUGCUUUAAGUUUGCAUGCUGCUUCACAUGUUCAUUCAUAUGCUGCCCCUGGACCGGCUGAAGACCUCCCAGCCACUACAACAACUGUUCCGGCCUUUGAUGUUGCUCCGAUCAUUGCUAUUGAAGAACCACAAGCAGUACCCACUGCUUUAUCCUUUCUGAUAGAUGCCCCCACUAUUCCUGCUCAUAUUGUUAAUUCUGGGUCUCUUCAAAUUGAAAAAGAAAACUCAAAUAAACAGGCUUCAGUUGGUUUCUUAGGUGGAUUUAUUCGCAUGUAG